GCUCACCUGCCGCAUCAUGCCGGUGGUAUAGAAGACGAAUUCUCCCUUUUGUGGAUUGCCAUUGCCCCUGGUGGUCUUCUUCAGCGUCGACUUAGAACAUAAUAGAAGCGGGGGGUGACGGUGGACAGCGGACCAGGAGACACACAAGCAUGCACGUGCAUCAGAGUCAGAGACGCGUCGUCGGCUCGAGCAAAAUCAGUACAAAGGAACUACGCACGCCGUUCCUCACACAGAGAGAGCAUCGCGCGACUUUUGUGUGAACAAAAGAAUAGUGCCGCAGAACAAGAUCAUGCUCUCUCUUGUCGUUGGCGCGGUCUCCUUGGUAUUCCGCACGUUGUGGUCAAGAAGACCCGUGUCAUCUUUCUUUCAUCCGGUCGUUAUUUUGCAUCAUCUUCUUGAUGACGAUGCAACGCUGGCAACGGCGAAGCGGCUCGAUCCCGACCAGAACGAGGCGGAUGGAGCAGCGGCUGCAGCUGCAGGUCGUGGCCAUCAUGAUGAAGCUGUAGAUCGGGAUAACAUAGUCAUGGAGAAGCUGCGAAGGAGCGUUGAAGACGAUGCAACACCAACACGACCAGGAAGAAACACAAACAGCAACGUCAACGAGUCCUCGCGAUCGAAUAUCAACUCCAAUGCGAAAACAAAAAAGUACCUCAUCGUCUUUGUCGGAGUGGGGUCACAGGCAGACCGAGCACAGAUUGUCGCUCGGAAUUGGCGGAGGCAUUUGCGGCCGCAUAAUCUUCGCAAUUAUCGCGAAGGACAGCAAAAUAGAAUAACUGCCGCGCAAAGUAGAUCUGCCCACCAGGAGGCGGAGAAUUUUUUCCACAACAUAUGCAGCAAAAAGAAAACCCCACGAGCACGACCAUGAUCGCAAUCACACUCUUGCAUCAACAAGUUCUGCAUCAGUAGAAAGUUGCCGCGCGUCACAAAUUUUUUUUCGUGAUGUUUCUUGCAGAACGAAAAGGAAAAGAGAAAUCACGUACUAAAAAGCUUGACUGUGAUGCGUUUUUGCGCAUGGCAGAUUUUUUUGUAUAUUGCAAAAAGACAAAUUCCCAAAAAUGAUCGCGGUGGUGUUUUUUUCUUGGACACAACAACGUCGAGUUUCAUUGCGUCGUCCUGGCCUACACUACAGAUCUGCCUCGCUCUUUUCAAUACCAGCUAGGGAAAGACUGCACUCUGGUGAUCUUCGAGAACCACAACUACGUCGACCUCCUCAAAGUAAUCACGAACGAUAACACCCAGCUAAAAAACGCGAUCUUGCAGCAGCAGGCAAUGGCAAUGCGUAUCAAAAAGAUGAAGAACUCAUUCCCCUGCUCCCCAUGAUAUCGCAGGGACGAAUGAAGUCCCCUUUUUUACUGAAUGAAUAUGCAUAUGGCGAGGGGAAGGCGCUUCUACUUUUCCUCGCAAUAGAGCGAAGUGCUGGCAGGUCUGGAGUGGGUAUUAACGAUGGAAGUAGUGCCACUUCCGCUGAAGCCGGUCACGACAAGGAUAUUCAGCCCCAUCAACCCCACGGGCAGCUCAACGAUUACGAGUACAUCUACCUGAUUCUGGACGACGUGCAGCUUGACGAGGCCGAAUUUGACGCCAAAAACUUUUUCGAACUCGCGGAACAGGCAAAUCUGGACGUCGUCUCUACGGCCAUCGGUCAGGGAAACUGGCACCUCGUGCACAAAAGACAGCUGGAGAAUUAUAUUGAGCCUGGUGGUGCCGCUGCAUCUGCUGGCACAGCUGCAGUUUCUGGUCGCCUCGUGCGUUUCGUCGAAAUCCAGGCAGUCGCGUACCGUCCUUGGAUAUCCAAGUAGAAAAAAAAUCUGUGUUGCAGAAGAUGCUGCGUAGACAAGGACAAGGACAAACUUCUUUUCUUUGUCAAGGAGCAUUUUCACGAAAGUGUUUCGGCUACAUUCUCGCGCUGACUCCUACUCGUCAAAGCUCAUAUUCUGUAUCACGGUCGUGCCCGCCGUCGAAGCUGGAAAGAUACGAUCCUGCUGACACAGAAAGGGUCGUCGAGGUCCUGCAGAAGAAACACAAGAAUUUUUUUCCUGGAUAUUGGGCUUGGGCGUGUCAAUGGCAUUUGCUGGAACCUUGGAUGAACCCUUCCGGGUGGGGGCACGACAGAUGGUUCUACGAAUUCUGUAAAGGAAAAAAACCACAAGUACCAAGCACGACAGGACAACUGCAGCAAACUGUUUCGGAAACGAGGAACUUGCAAGCGCAUCAAGAGCAUCAGCAUGAUCUUCUCCUAGCAGACGACGACCAACAAACGCGAACCAAUUCUCGAUCCAUAGAAGGACCGUUACCUGUGCCUCCCGUGGUGAAAACCACUCCUCGUCCCUCCGUUCAACCACUCCAGCAGUACGAGUACGAAGAGUUCGUACACUACUGGCAGGAAAAUCUAGCGAUUUUAUCCGCCGGUACUGCCGAAGGUACUACGGUAGGAAAAGAAGCUUCACUCGAGGACGGUGAUGGCAGCAGUUCUUCUGGAAAAAACGCCGCUGAAGUUCUUUUCUUGGAGCAGCUACCACCACAUUUGAGGAGCCGGCGGGAGGAGCUAUGUGGACGGGAUGAAAAACAAAACGAAAGCGAAAUGGAAACCAAAGAUAGACAAAUGCGCAUCGGCAUUGUAGACAAGUAUCUUGUUCACCACCUCAGUAAUAUUGGGAACAUGACCAAGUCGAGUUUGGUAUGGAAUAGAAGGAUGAGACCACAAAGCAGAAAUGAUCUAUUCAAAAGAUCGCAAGGUGAUGACGUGAGCUACAGCUUGGACUUGCUUGCUGCUCUUCUCUCCCGAGUCGUGAUCUGGGAGCAGGGGAAGCACGACAAACAUAGGAAAAUUUUGAUUCAAAGACAGAGUCCGUGGAGUAAGCUAAGCCUUCGGACCCAACCAUGCCGACACUUCUCUCUUUUGCUAUUGCUACUCUCACUCUGCAUGGAAGUUUUUUGUUUUGCCAUGAUUUUGCCAUGAACUAGAGCGCACCUCGCGUUACCACAUAUACUCAGGACAACUUGCGACUGAAUUCAUCAUUUCUGCUUCUUUCUUCGCCGAACCAUAUUUGGCAAGCGAUUCGGCGCAACGCAAAUCACAGGUGGUGAGGACAGAACUUUUUUUCACGGAGAUCUUGAAAUGCCCCAGAUUGGGAGAAAAGGAAUACCAAAUGAAAAACUUCGGGUAUUUUUAGAAACAGAAGGAGAGACUGAUGGACAUUCACAUUCCUAUGUUGAUGCAUGAGAAAUUGACCUCCACCUGCUACUUGAUUCCCAGAAACAUACACCACGAUGAACAUACACACCCUUCGAAACACAUGGAAUAAAUGGAUCUUCACGACAAAAACGAUAUUUUUAUCGAAAUCUAAUCACCUGACCUGCUCCAU